AUAACUGUAUCGUUUGUCAGUUAUACAAUAACAAACGCAACUGAAUUUGUUUCAAAAAAAACGACAAUAUGUUGUAAUGUAAUUUUGUUGAUAUUUUUGUCUCAUGAAGUUCGAUUAUCCAGACCGGACCAGACAGUGAGCCAGACGGAUAGCACCUCGAUUGCUUAUGUCUGGUGGUGUAUUUAGAGAUGCAGAUGUCCCUGAUGCCGGUGCCUGUCCUUUGAAGCUGGUCGAACGCCUAAGAACCAAUACAGGCAGAGAACCAUGAACAGAUCCUGUAAAAAAUGGUCAGCCUGUGAUGUGUGUGGGUGAGGAGAUGGGCUGCACCUCGGCCAAGCAGGUGUUGGCCGUGCCCAGUGGUGAGGAGGGCCGCAGUAAAGCCUACAGCAAUGGGGAUGUUCUUUCUGAUGAGUACAAGAAAGGCGUGGCAAGUGUGAAGUAUAUAAAUAGAGAAGAGGACAGACUGAACAACUGCGACCAGGACAGCACGGAGAAUACUGCCCUGCUCACCACGGUCCAACAAACAGACGACACAGGAUCAAAUGGCAAUGGGAAGACACAGAUCCAUUCUUCAGAGAGCCAGCAAGAGUUCUUCAGGAUGCUGGAUGAGAAGAUAGAAAAGGGGCAGGACUACUGCUCAGAGGAAGAGGAUAUGACAUAGCACUGAGGUCCAUCAUCUGCUCACCUGAGAGGAAGGAUUUGUCCAAUGGCAUGGACAGGCCUGUACCACAUAACCCUUACCCAACGGCCCUCUUCUCUUUAGACCAUUUCGAAGAUGGAGGGGGAGACACAUUGACCCAAACCAAGCACCUUUGCCCGGCCCUGUGUCUAUAUCUACAACCCUGGCUCCCCGUAACAGAUCUACGAGUCCAAUGCGACAAUGUUUUACCCCCAAAGGAGCAAUGUUACAAGACAUGGCCAGACAUGGCCAGGACUACUUUCAGCACCAGGACUAUUAUACUGAACGGCUCUCCAAGUCUGUCGCCAUGGUAACCAUGGACAAUAAGUACAGCAGCCGCUCGGCUCUGUGACUGUGGUCCAUUAAAAGCCAACGGAGGUCGAGUCAUUUUGAACCCAUGGAUUGACUGAGAUCAUGGUUAUUCGUAAUGGCUUAAAGGAACAUUUGUCAUUCCUCAUCUGAUUGGAUGAUGAACAAUGGAGGUAGUUGGGGGGGGGGCAGAGGAAAAUGAAUCUGGGAAUUAUUCCUGGGUCGUAUUCAUUAGGCACCAAAUGGAAGAAAACAGACUGAAACAGGGAAGAACUUCCAAUAAGAAACGCUAGUUGACGUUUUCCGUUGCAAAACAUUUGGCUACGGUGUGCCUUAAUGAAUGCAAUCCAGGUGGCUGAAACGUUCACCGCAUUGCAGAUAGAAACUUAAAGAGAGCUGGGGAUUCUCCCAUCAUCGUAUUGUAUCAUUGAUUCUCUUAUCAGUGUCGCUCUAUGUAGCGUAUUUCUAUCUGCAAUAUUCUGAGCGUGUCACCCCAAUGAACACACCCCUGGAGGGGAAACCGGGGUUACUUACUUCCUGCAUUCCAGGAUACUUUUUGAAUUUCCUUUUCUACAGUAUGUUCAUAAAGUGCAUUCGGGAAGUAUUCAGACCCCUUCACUUUGUCCACAUUUUAUUACGUUAGUCUUAUUCUAAAACUGAUUAAUGUUCCUCAUCAAUCUAUACACAAUACUCUAUAAUGACAAAGCGAAAAACUGAUUUAGACAUUUUUGCAAAUGUAUUCAAAAUAAAACGCAGAAAUACCUUAUUUACAUAAGUAUUCAGACCAUUUGCUAUGAGACUCGAAAUUGAGCUCAGGUGCAUCCUGUUUCUUUUUAUCAUCCUUGAGAUGUCUCUACAACGUGAUUGAAGUCUACCGGAGGUCAAUUCCAAAACAUUUCUGCAGUAUUGAAGGUCCCCAAGAACACAGUGGCCUCCAUCAUUCUUAAAUGGAAGAAGUUUAGAAACAACACUCUUACUAGAGCUGGCCACCCGGCAAACUGAUCAAUCAGGGGAGAAGAGCCUUGGUCAGGGAGGUGACCAAUAACCCGAUGGUCACUCUGACAGAGCUCCAGAGUUCCUCUGUGGAGAUGGGAGAACCUUCCAGAAGGACAAUCAUCUCUGCAGCACUCCACCAAUCAGGCUUUUAUGGUAGUGUGGCCAGACAGAAGCUACUCCUUAGUAAAAGUCACAUGACAGAUCCUUGAUGAGAGAUCCUUGAUGAAAACCUGUUCCAGAGCACUCAAGACCUCAGACUGGGGAAAAGGUUUACUUUCCAACAGGACAACAAUCCUAAGCACACAGUUUUUGCUUUGUCAUUGUGGGUAGACUGAUAAUGGGGGGGGGGGACUAUUUAAUCCCUUUUAGAAUAAGGCUGUAACGUAACAAAAUGUGGAGGGGUCUGAAUACUUUCCAAAUGCACUAUGUGAUUCAUAGUCGGCCCAUGUCUUCUUACUUUACUACGUAGGGUAUUCUUGUUUAAUGUCAAUGCUCAGGGUUGAAGUGUUCUAGUCAUUGUUGUUUUGUAGUCGAGCCUACCUCCUCAUUAGGCUCUGUUGCACCAAUUGUACACACAGCUGUCAGUAUCAGUUCUUACCUGUUAAUAAGACCACAUCAGUGUUCAAUCUAAAGACAUUAUACUGUAUAAGGAGCAUAGUCAGAUUAUGUAGUGCUCUUUGCAUUUGUUGUCAUGCUCAUUUUUGCUUGUUCAAUUUGAGUUUUUCUAGUAAAAUAAAGUGUUUUCAGGUCACUGUAAUAUAAUUUGUCAAACAAAAUGGUUUCUCACAUGGUCCUUGUGGUGUUACUAAUACCUCAUAAUGCACAGGCACACCCAUCAUUGUGUUUACUGUUGUCUUUAUCUGUCAAUGUCAAAUGACUGUCUAGCAAUGAUAUCAUUGAGGCAUCCAUGGUAGUUUUCAUGCCCUCUACAGUUUAAAAAUCACAAAUGCAUUUAAAGUAAAUGGGUAUGGAGUCGGCACAAAACAAAACAGUGUUACAGUAACUAUAACCAUCUGAACGAGUUCUAAGUGGUGUCAUAUGGAAGUAGCCUACUGCAGUCUGCUACAUAAGCAUGUAUUGCUUCAUGGAUGUACUGUAUGGAGAUUUAAUUCAAUACAACUUAUGUAUCCUCUGGCAAUUUUAUGUCCAA